AUGGGGUCACAGCCUGGGUUGGAAGAAGAAGGAAACGCCACUUACAAACGCGAGAGACCCGAGCAGCAGCAAGAAGGACAAAACGAGUGCACCCUGGGCAGGAAGAAGAAUGUCAAGCCGCCAUCAGACCGGCCGAGCAGCAGCAAGAAAAAGGGCCGACGUAAGGUGCAGUAUGAAGAGACGACGAUUGAUAGGAACGAGUACCAACUCGGAGGACAGACCAAACAAUAG